AGAGAAACCAAGUCACUCUUCAAUCCUGACCAAACUGAACAGAAAAAAAGUAUCUCAUCUUAAACUUCUUGUUUUACCAAAUCACAAACAGUUAAUCCAGCAUAAAACCCCUAAAUUCCCAACUUUCAUCUUAGAGGAGAGUGAAGAUUAAAAACCCUAAUCAAUUUGAAAUCUGAUGACUCUGUCGUUUCUCUUGAUUUUACUCAGAGAUGAAUGAUCUAUUGUCUAUUGACGUGGCUGAUCCAAAAGUUGUCGCUGUCCAGAUCUGUUCUCCCGAGUCCUCUCUUCAUCACCAAGCUUUUGUUACCUCUUGUUCCAUCUCAGCCAUGGAUGUAGCCAUGAAGUCGACCAAAUCUGAACUCCUCUGCGGUCAUUGAAGCCAAAUUCGGUAAGUUCCGUGCUGACUCGAUUUACCAAUCAAUCCAAUUCAUGUCGAAGAUGUCGGGUAUCGAAGGCCAGAUCCUCGAGGUCACUGUGGUUGGGUGUCAAAAAUUGAAAGACAUAGAAUGGUUCUCAAGGCAAAAUCCAUAUGUUGUCCUCGAGUAUAGCAACACCACCGUACCGAACCUCCACAGAUGGUGGAAAGAACCCAAUGUUUCAAGAGAAUUUUUUGUUCACUUUGCUUGAAGGCCUUAGGAGACCUUAAAGAAUGCUACAAUUCAGUUGCAGAAGGUUCUUUCUCAGGGAUACAAAGACUGUACCUGAACUCUAUAUAUUAAAACUGGCAGAUAACAGCCUUGGUUUCCCUAGUUUGGCUUCCUUUUGCUUUGAGUAUUUAUGUUUGUAACAUAGUUCCAUCGUCUGUAUUUGUAUAUCCUAUGUUGCACCGAGACGGAUACGGGGACAGAAACGGGGACGGAAUCGGGGACGGGAAACAGCAAAACUAAAAAUGUAAAGAUACGGGUACGACAUAUAUAUGUCUAUAAAAAUAUGUAUAAUAUCUAUAAACAAGUCAAACUAUAAAUUUCAACAUAAAAGUAGAGCAAAGAACAUAAAUUCACAACCAUAAACUAAAAAAAAAAGCAAAGAACAUAUAGACACGAUCACAGAGUUAACAAAACAGAGAACAUUUGAUGUAACUGUUGGGUAUGGGCCUGACCCUCCCAAACCGCCCAUAAGAUAAUUGUCCUAACACAUGAUCACAACAAAGAAACUCGGCUCGUUGACUCGCGAGCCAGCGACCUGCUCGACUUUAGACUGUUUUUAGCCGACAAAGCGAGCGACCGGAAGUCGUCGGUUCGACGACUCGAAUUAGCGGCCUGACAUCUCGGCCCAAUCAUCGAGGAGGCCCAUUAGGUCAAGACGAAUUAGGUUAACAAGCAAGCGUCUAUAAAAAGAGGAAGGGAGGCAACUAUUGAGGGAUCCGCAAAUCACUACACACUUACUUUCGGCUAGAAACUAGGGUUUCAUUUAUCUAUUUCUCGUCGACUCGUAUUCUCCGGUGAACCAGCUUUCGCCGGAUCGUUUCCUUGUUUCUUCCCUCUUUGUGACGCGACUAAGCAGCCUCUUGAUCUAAUAAAACGCUUCUGUUUUGACCCACCUACGAGUCCUCGUCUCUUUUCAUUUACUGGUUUAUUGACAAGUCUCGGUUCAAACAGUUGGCACCCACCGUGGAGCAAACAGAGUAGCGUCAUCAAAGAUCAUGGCUCGCUCAGACUCGUCGUCCGGCGACGAGUCACCACCGACAGAAGCAGCUUUCGAAGACACUAUACUAGAAAGGAUGGCUCAGCAAGACGCCAUUCAGAAGGUGACGAACGAGCAACUAGCCGCUAUCGCCGCAAUCUUAGCUCCCUCGGCCGGGAACUCAGCAGAUCCAGGCACGACGGUUCGGAAACAGCUGUUCGACACCUAUCGAACAGCCGGCGUAGAGACCACAACAAAUACAAACGCCGUCCAGGCCCAAACACCCGGCGAUAUAGAUCUCGUAACUGUCUAGGAACUCGCCGAGCUUAAGCAGUCGUUCCUUGACAUGAAAGACAUGAUGCUCGAAGGACCCACCUCGGCGCCAUUAAUCGAACGCGUCCUCGCCGAAUUCCUAAAAACCCCAUUCUCACGGCGAAUCACCGACGUACGGUACCGACUAGCAGAGAAAAUCCGCCUUCCGACCUUCGCCAGAAAGGCCGACCCAACAGACCAUAUCACCGCUUUCAAUAUAGCGAUGGGUCGAACUAACUUUUCCGACGAGGAAAGAGACGCUGGCUAUUGUCGGCUCUUCGUCGAGAGCCUUCAAGGACCAGCCCUCGGGUGGUUCACUGGAUUGGAACGAGAUUCCAUCAACGAUUUCCACGACCUGUCGGCUGCUUUCCUCAAACAGUACAUCAUGUUCACGAGACAAGGAGCGACCCUAUCCGACCUGUGGAGUCUAUCUCAACGCACAAACCAGAGCCUCCGCGACUAUAUGGAGAAGUUUAAAGCUGUCGCUUCGAAGGUGCAUAUUCCCGACAGCAUCGCCGUUGAUGCACUGAUGAACACCCUCUACUUCAAAUCUCUUUUCCGCGAAGAUCUCUAUCGAAACCCCACCAGGUCGCUUCAGGACGCUAUCGCCAGAUCGAACAACUUCAUCAGGAUGGAGGAAGACACAUCAGCGAUACUCAAGAAAAUGAACGCGACAACAAAACAGACAGUUCCUCCCACAAAAGCUCCUGAGGUACGCCAAGAACCUCGACAGCACGCCCCGAGCAACAAGCCCAACCAGAAGACGAAUUUCGUCUACGUCGUCAAGGAAAACGAUCUCUCGGGAUCAACUGUCGUCGUAGGCGAGAACGGUUGGAACGUCUGGGAAAACGACGAGAAGCCGCAGACUCCUUCGGCGCCUUCAACUUCAACUUCAACUCCAGGCUCAGCCGAGUUAAGCCAAUGGUGCAGUUACCACCAAUGGUGCAGUUACCAUAAGUCCAAGGCGCAUGAUACGAAAAACUGCAGGCACUUGGUCGACGCCCUCUUCACGUCCUACGAAAACGGAAUUGCGAACAUCGAGUCACCCAAGCCAAGGCCGAACAACACCAAGAGCUGGAGCAAGAACAAAGAAAAGAAAAUUCAAAAGAGUCAAGAUAAGGCCGGUGCACGACCAAAACGGGCAGAGGACGACAGUCCCGAAGAGCAAGACGAGAACGAGACACAAGCCGAGGAAGAGCAGCCUCGCAAUCGUCGACGCGUCCAGGUCAUCCUCGCACGACCAAGUUCUUCUUCAGACGAAGAGGAAGACAACAAAGUCCGUGACUCGCACGAACACUCUAGAAAGCGACCAAGCGAGAACAGCGGACCAGAGGAAGCAUGCUACUUGAGGAGCAAGCUCAGGCGAAAAACGCAAAGGAUCGACAGGAUGCAAGAUCGUUCAAGAAAGGAGACAAAAGAUGAAGUGGAGAUAAGCAUAGAAGCUCUUCGGGAAUCCCGCCAACAGUUAAGCGAUUAGCCUCUUCUUCGUACUCCUUCUCCUGCUCAGCAAACAGGUCAAUCGUCUCCUGCGGGAUGUCGAUCCCACUAUCCUUAAGCGCUUCGAGACACUUCUUCGUCCCAAAAGUCUGGCUCUGCAAGGAUCUUGUCGUUACGAAGUCGCUGCGACGCGUCUCGAGGUCUCGUAUCUUGGUAAAACGCUGAUUGCACUUUACGAUCAUGGCUGUUUGAACGCGGACUCGCUCAUGCGUAACCUCGUAACUUCAAGAGUCCCUCAGCCGGUUGACUUCCUUCAGAUGCCUUAAAGCCGUAGCGACCUUCUCCUUCCCCCAAGCAGCUUUCUCUUCCUCCAGAGCAGCCUUCUCUCGCUCGAGUCCUUUGAUCUUCUCACCGACAGUCUUGAACUUGCCCUUCUGUUCUCUGAACUUCUCCUUCUGAGCUUUAUUUUCUUCGAGUAACCGACUUUACUCCGCUGCGGCCUUAUCGAUCGUCGCCUUAAAUUCAUUCGUUUUGCGGUUGAGAGCCGUAUCCUUCACUCGCACGAGCUUUUCAGCUUCCUUCAGCUUGGAGAUAGUCUCCUUAAGAGCCGUGUCGUACAUCUCGACGACGUAAUUCAUGCUUUCGUCACUCUGCACAAACAGAGGAAAAGGUCAAAACUAGAAGAUUAGAGAAGGCGAGACAGGGAAAGUAAUCCUUACCAUAGUCUUCGCUGCAUCGACGUAGGCAUCUUUGAAGAUGAGGUCUUUAACCGGCGGCAUAUCUUUUGCGCCACCUCGAAUUUGGCGAACUAGUUCAGCACACUCCUUCGGGGCAUAAGCAAGCGGUGUAUCGCCAUCGUACUUGAAUUCCACAUGGUCCGGGAAUUUGAUUUGACCUCCCUUUGAGGCCGAACCACUACUCCUGGUCGUCGAAGGCGUCACUAGAGGAGUUUUCUCUACGGAAGCGGGCGCAUCUUGCCCAUGGGAAGUUUUUUCCUUCUUUCUAACGGAACGUUAGGGGAGUCAUCCAACUCGAUGCUAGUCUGAGCCGCGACAUCAUGAUUAGAGCUAUCGUGAGCAACGAGCUCUCGACCCCCCCCCCCCCCCCCCACAUCUCCGCUAGGUUCUAAUAGCUCCUCGACAGGUUUUUUCCUCUUUUUCUUCUCUUUCUUCUUCUUCUUCUUCUUUGGAGGUUCACCGGAUUCAGCCCCCGUAUGAGCCUCGAUCGAAGCAGACGAACUGGGAGCAGACCUCUUCUUCCUAUUACUGUAAGUCACCGACGGUUCAGCAGUCUCUCGAUCGGAAGACUCACGCACAAGGUCUUCCCUCAAGGAUUCGAUAUUAACCUGGCCUACAGUCGGUGCUGGCGGAACUACAAGAGACAGAGGCCAGGAGGAGUCGUUUCAUCAGGAGUCGCAGAAGGCGUCUUCUUCGCUCCUCUCAACUUUUUCUUGAUUAUCGCGUUUAAGUCUGGAAGUUCUUUCAUCUCCCUAGCUGCGUUGAUCACCUUCUGCUCAGCACUAGUGAAUAUAGAGAACCGCCGUUUGUUUCCGGUAAUCAACGGUAGUAAGUCAGAUCUCCAGUCCCCUGCGAAAGACCGACGAGUCAAAUCCGGAUAAGUGUCUCGAGCAAACAGAUGCAAGAAAAGAAAAAUAUAUAACAAAGCAAGUUAAAGGACUUACUCUUUGAGAUCCUGUCAACGGCUCGUCGAAUCCUCUCGACGGUGAUAUCCUUCCAACUCACUUGAGGAAGCGACGCGACAGCACGAGCACUAGCUAUGAAGUCUUCGGGAUAUGUGGCUGUAUCCGGGUGGUCAACUGCAGUCAAACGCAAAACCAUCAGAAAGAAAGAAAAGGGCUAUCGAUAAACUAUCAACAACACUCGACCAAGUUCACGAUUCCAUAAAAAUCGAAAGGAAUCGCCGGGCGGCUCUUCGAAGGCGAAACUGUCAGACUUGACGUAAAAGUAGAAGCGCUGCCAGUUAUUCGUCCUGUUGGGAUGAUCGACGAUCACAUUGUAGUUAGGCCUCAUCUGGAUCGAGUACAAUCCAUCCCCCAUCGACUUAAGGUACGUCGGCUCUUCGAACGUCCGCACACUCAUCGACACAUUGAUCUCUGCUGCCGUCACCAUCAAGGCUACUAAGACACGGAGCGAACCGUUUAAGAACUGGCUUAUCGCUGCGUCGCGACGUCUCGCAUAGGUGGUGACGAGUAGAGGAAUCGGAAACCAGAGCUUAGUCUCGUUCUGAAAGUAAGACUCGUAUACGCAUAGAAAUCCCACCGGAGGGGACCAUGGUCUCUGGGCUUUCGUCAGAAUCAGAAAAAUUACUCCGGCUCCCCCACACGCUCUCAGCAAAAUCUUCACGCUGCUAGGACUCGAACGAGUCCUCUCAACGUUCUCCCACGAUUGCCCCUCCACGAUCGGAGGACGUAACAGCUCUGGCGCCAACGCCGGGAGAUCUUCGAAAAUCCCUUCACGAUGGUAGCAACACGGAACAAAAUCAGGAGGAGGGAUCUCUCCGUCACUCGCUCCACCUCGACCAUCUCUCGCACAAUCUUGCGCGACCGACCCAACGACCGCCCGUUCCUCGCGAAUCAGACGCGCUGACUAGGCAACCAGGACCCGCUGAGCCGUAUCCAAAUUCGUUGUGUCCAUCUUGGCUUCGGGGUGAAUUGUCUCAAAAUCAGGAGGGGAGUUCGACUCGACGACUCGCACAGGACUCGAUUCAAUUGCUCUUGCCACCGCCUUCCCUUUCUGUUAUCUAGAAAUCCUACCGCCCGACGACAUUCUCAAAAUCUAAGACUAAGAAGCUACAGAGAGAAGCAGAGAGAAAGAGAGAGAAAAUACCUGAGUCGGAUGAAGAAUUAAGAAAAUGAGAGGCGAGAAGGGUAUUUAUAAGAGGGGAAGCGCCUCACGCCCCGAGGCGUCAUCAUUAGACCUAGAUGGGCCUAGAUGGGCCCAUCUAAGCGCGUGGAGUUCACCCCAUCUCGCGACGGUUCGACUUCUCGAGGUAAAUCAAGACCGGUUUAGACCGAGAUCGGCGGUCGUGACUAAAACCAAAGAAAACCGUCGGUUCAGACCAAACCGAUGAGAUCACGAAUUACGAGCAAGCAAGCUGCUCACGCAGUCGAGGAGCCGAGCGAGAUCGCGAGUCCAGAACAAUUGUCUUGCAGACCCUACUUCAAAAUUCGCUGAGUCGGCUACGCUACUCACCAGCGAACUGGGGGGACUUACUGUUGGGUAUGGGUCUGACCCUCCUAAAAGCCCCCCAAGAUAAUUGUCCUAACACAUGAUCACAAUAAAGAAACUCGGCUCGUCAACUCGCGACCCAGCGACCGGCUCGACUUUAGACGGCUUUUAGCCGACAAAGCGAGCGACCGGAAGUCGUCGGCUCGACGACUCAAAUUAGCGGCCCGACAUCUCGGCCCAAUAAUCGAGGAGGCCCAUUAGGUCAAGACGAAUUAGGUUAACAAGCAAGCGUCUAAAAAAGGAGGAAAGGAUGCAACGAUUGAGGGAUCCGCAAAUCACUACACACUUACUUUCAGCUAGAAACUAGGGUUUCAUUUCUCUAUUUCUCGUCGACUCGUAUUCUCAGGCGAACCAGCUUUCGCCGGAUCGUUUCCUUGUUUCUUCCCUCUUUGUAACGCGAUUAAGCAGCCUAUGUGAAUAUGCCUCAGCUUCUCUCCAAUCACCUCAACUCUAGAAGCCGCCUUGGGGAUUGCUUCUUCAUUCUUCGCUACACUUCUUCACCAGGUUGUCUUCUCUUCUUGAAUAACCACCAAGUACUCUCGCUCCACUCUCGGAUCAUAGAAGCAUCUCAACACUUCCCCUCAAGCGUGACCAUGUGGAACAAGUCAAGCUUGGAAGGAUUGCUUCUUGAACCACAACACAAACCAUUACACACUCACUUCUGACUUUGCCAUCUUCUUAGAAUGCUGGUCGAUUCAUAAGCUCUCUACAACCACCUCAAUACCUGAGGCCGCAUUGCUAGAGUAACCUUCUUCUUCACACAGCCAAGAGCACUCUGAAUACUCUCUUGUCUUAGGCUUCGCCACUGCCUAGACCCGGUUGAUGAUCCUUUGUUGAAGUCCUUGCAAUGACUUGAUACUAGACCAUGAACCUUGCUCAUUAACACUCCCCCUCAAGCUUAGCUCUGAGAAUAGAUGAGGAGCUAAGCUUGUGAAAGGUGUAAGCACUUUCAUGGUCUUAAUUGCAUCACCCUCCUGGUGAUGCUCUUCCUUGUAUGUCUACUGUCCUCUCUACACUCAUAUGAUGUGUAGGCUAUGGUGACUAAACCACCAUGGACAGAACCGCAAGUCACCUCUCCAUUGUCACAACAUCCUCUCUACUCUCUUUGGAGUAGGCUGUGGACUUCUCCAUGGAUUGUUGGCAAUGGGCUUCAUCUUCAUUCUCUUGUAAUGGUAAGGAGGAAACAGGUCUUGAACUUUGGCUCUUCAGGUUGCUCAUUUGAAUCCCCAUCAUAAGCUUGAAUUGAGUAUAGGUUCAAGCUUGAAAUGAGCCUCAAUGAACUUCAAGACCAGGAGCACACCACCCUAACAGCUGCGCUUAAAUCACUUAUCCACCCUCUCGCCUUCAGCUUCAAGUACCCACGGAUAACCGGCCUUCCUCAUGACUUAGGUGGUGACCUUCUUCUUCUUGUGUGCCUUUAACUAGGAGCUCAACAACCUCGUGGCCUGCGCUUCUUAAACCGGCUUGUACACACAAGCACCUUCCCAUUGCUCCACACAAUGGAUCAAGUCUUCCUCUUGUCUCGGAUGGAUGGUGAGCAAAGAACACUUCUUUUGAACCUGAAAAACCACUCAAACUCCAGCAAAGAUAAGACACAAAAGUAUUGGGAUAAACCCUUGAUGAAUCAUCAAGUUUGAUUCCCAAUAUCACAAGCAUUGCAACAGAUUAAACAAGUCAUUUUCAAGUUCUAAUCUUUGCAAGCAAACUCUCUAAGCACAAGCAUGAUCAUAACAGAUUCAAUACAAGCUACUUAGGCAAUUUUAAAGCUUCUUGACUCAGCAAUUUAGACAUGAAUCUAAUGCUUCAAUGUAAGACAGCCACAAGACUAUAUGCAACAGCUUUAAAUUCGGUUUCAAUCCAUGUAUGCAAGCAGAUUUAAUUAAGCACAACAAGCAUCACUAUGAACCGGAGAUAAGCAUAUUAAACAAUCUCAAUCACCAAACAAAGCUCUUUAAGCAUCCUGGGACAGAUUCUAAAACAUUUGCAUUUAGCAAUCUUUAAACAAUCCUCAGGUUUUCAAUCGCAUCACAACAUCACAACCAGUCAACAACACAAGCUCAUUAUCAAGAUGGUUUAUAGAAUCGCUUACAACAAGGAACCAGGUUGAUUCCUUUUGCAUUUUGUGAAACCGGCCAUGACUUUUGUUGGAUCUGAGAGUCUGGAUCAUCACCCACCUCCUCCUCCUUCAGUUCAUUGCCACCAUCUUGUACCACAACUCAAAAGACCCCCCUCCUUUCUUCAGAACAUCUAGGCGCCAAACUCUUGACACCAUACUCUUGUAGCCGGACGUGAAACAUCUCUUGGACAAGGAGCUUUGGAGUCAGGUUAUCUAGGCCUCUCCAUACACCUUUGCCUCCAAGGAUAAUCUCCAUCUGAGCAGGUAGAUAACAGGAUGAGGAACCAAGGGAAAUCGCCAAGCUUCAGCCUUCUUCUUCACAAGGGACUGAACCGGAUGGGAAAGCUUCAAUGGUUUGGUUUUGAGCUGAGGCGUGAGCCGUGGACUUGCGGAAGCUUCAGCUCAGAAUCUGAUGAACCUGUCUCUUAUACCAUGUGAGAUUUGUAGAGUUCUCUUCUCUGGUUGUGUUUGUGUGUGUAUAAACUCCAAUGGAGAAAGAUGAUAGCUUGCUCUAGGUGAUUUAGAAAGAGAGAUUGAUGAGAGUGUUUAUGAGAGAAUAAGAGACUUUAGAAACAGAGACUGAGAGACUAAGAGAAUAAGAGAUUAGAGAUUAGGGUUUCAGAUUCAAGAACUUGUUUUUUUCAUUUCCAUGAAGGAGAAGGGAAGCCCCCUUACUCGCUUAGCUUUUACAAAUCGCCAACUAUGAGUUUAUAUGGGAAAAGUGCCAAUUUCGACCCCAACAAUUUAGGUCGUGCCAAAUAUGACCUGAACAAUUGAUCAGUGCCUAAUACGACCUCAACUCAAUUAUAAUUCGAAAAAACUACCCAAACUUCUUAAAACGUGCUUAAAUCUACAUUGACUCUAACAGAAGUUAGUCAAUCGUUAACAAGAUAAAACGACGUUGUUUUGAAAUACGAGGAAAAGUGUCAAUUUCGACCCCAACACUCUUAGUCAUGCCAAAUAGGACCCGAACAAAUGGUCAGUGCCAAAACCGAUAUAUAUAUAUAUCUUAGGAAAAAAAAUAUGUUCAUUCCAAGACUCAAACCGUGUUGUGAUACCCUUUUAAAGGGGCACACUAACAACUAGAUAAAAGUAACU